GCUCGGCUGUGACUGUUGCCCGGCAACAGACAGGCCUAGCUCUCUGGCGCGGGAUAGUAUGCUAUUCCAUGGGGUCGCGGUGUCUCCCGCCGCUCCUGCUGGUGCUCCUAAACUGCUGCACCUCUUCGAGCACCCAGGUCGUUGCCACCCCGGCUGCGGCCACCCCGGUGGUGACGAAUGAGGAUCUCAACUUCACCGAGGCCACCCCGGUGGUGACGAAUGAGGAUCUCAACUUCACCGAGGCCACCCCCGCCACUCUCAGACCCUCCCGGUCUCCUAGGACCCCGGGAACUCCCAGGCCACCGGAGCUCUCUGGCCCCAGGCCCACCCCGGUCACGGACGUUGCUGCUCUGUGUGUCUGCGACCUGCUUCCUGCACAGUGUGAUAUCAACUGCUGUUGUGACCCUGACUGCAGCCCUGGGGAUUUCAGUGUCUUCUCUGCCUGCUCCGUCCCAGUUGUCACGGGUGAUCGGCAGUUUUGUAGUCAGAAGGCAGCCUUCUACUCAAUGAAUUUGACAGCAGACCCGCCUCACCGCGACUUUAAACUCAUUGACCAGAUCAACCCUUCCAUCUUCUGCAUCCAUAUUUCAAACUACAAGCCGGCGCUGUCUUUCGCCAAUCCGGAAGUGCCAGAUGAGAACAAUUUCGAUAGACUGAUGGGAGCAUCAGGUGGCUUUACACUGAGUGCCGAGUCAGGAGUUCCUUCCACAGCCACCUCAGAUGACCCACAGCCCACUAAAUAUGAGUAUGGAGCCCUUCUGCAGACCGCAGGUGAAUCUUCAGGGUCAUUUCUGAAACUGCCUUCGCCUCUCACUUCAUCUCUGUGUGCAGAUGAGAACCCUGCAGCAUUCCUGGUGAACCAGGCCUUCGAAUGCAGCCGAAGGGUGGCCCUAGAACAGUGUGAAGGAGUGGAAGCCCUCAGCAUGGCUCACUACAGCAGCCCUGCCAUUCUGAGGGUGCCUAAUUCAACGACACAGGUCUCCAUCAAGAUCCAGUCUAUAAUGUAUCGGUCUCUGAAUCACACACUGACCCAGUUAGAAGGCCGUGGUGUCCUGCGGCCAUCUCUGGUCAGCACUGGGCAAGACAGACUCUGCAGCAACGUUGUUCUCCAGGUAAAGUACAGUCUGCUAUACACAGCCAGCGGCCAGAUCCAGGAAGCCGACCUCUCCCUCGUGCUGGGGACACUGAGCAGCACCGUGAGUCUCCUGCAGCAGAAGUUUGAGAUUCACUUUAUUCAGCACGGCACCAAGCCUGUUCCUCUCAGUGGCAACCCUGGUUACAGAGUGGGACUCCCGCUGGCCGCUGGCUUUCAGCCUCAGAAGGGGUCUGGGAUUAUUCAGACAACGAACAGACAAGGCCAACUUACUAUUCUUCGUAGCACAGGCAAGCAGGACUGCCUUGCCAGCGAAGGGCAGCGGGCUCCCGUGCUGUUUGGCUACAAUGUGCAGUCUGGCUGUCAGCUCAGGUUGACAGGCACCAUCCCAUGCGGGCUUCUGGCACAGAAGAUGCAGGAUCUGCUGAGAGGCCAGGCCUUCCCUGACUACGUGGCUGCGUUUGGGAACUCAGGAGCCCAGGAUGUGCAGGACUGGGUGCCUGUGCACUUUGUCACCCACUCCUCCAACAUGAAGGGCUCUUGCCAGCUUCCUGUGGCUUUGGGUAUAGAAGUAAAAUGGACUAAGUAUGGGUCCCUGCUGAACCCCCAGGCCAGGAUAGUAAAUGUCACUGCCCAGCUCAUCUCAAUUCCAGAGCCCCUCCCAGGGCCCGAGAGGACCAUGGUCGUUUCCGCUGCAGUGACAUUUGUGGAUGUUUCGGCCGCUGCAGAGGCAGGCUUCCGGGCCCCGCCCACCAUCAACGCCAAGCUGCCCUUCAGCUUCUUCUUCCCAUUUGUGUGACGAGGUGGCCCCCACACGGGCGUAGGGCGUGGACACGGAGGAGACAGCUGUGGCCAUGAAGAUUUGUCCCCAGCAUCCAGGAGUGCAAGCCAAGGCAGAGAGGGGUGGGGACUGGACCUUGCACCACGGUUGCUCUCUGGACACAGCCCAGCUACUCUGGAUGGACCUUCUGGAAGGCUUAGUUCACGUUCACGUCCCCAAGAAGUCCGUUCUGUCUCAACAGCUUGCUCAGUCGCUCAAUUUCUUGUUCCUAUUGUAAAAGCAAACGCACACAGGGUGAUGGCCUUCUGAGCCACAUUUCCCCCAGGCCCAGGGCUGCAGAUAGCUAGGAGCCACAGUCUGUGGCAUUCUGGCUGCUGAGGGAAACCCCUUUCAGGAAGGGCCCUGGGCAGUGAGAGCAGGAGCAAGAUGCCCCGAGGAGGGACUGGACCUGGCUCUUGAAGCCCAUACUGAAGUUGAAAAGACCAAGAAGAGGGAGCUACAUGUCAGCAUGGGCUGGAGGGGACCGCAGUGGAACCACUUGUCUCACCUUCUCGGAGCAGCUGAAUUCCAGAUGCUGGAUCUUGGUGGCCAGUUGGAAGUUUAUCUGCUUUAACCGUAAGAUCUGACGUUCAGAGCGUGUCUUCACUGAGAUGAUGAUACCUAGAAGGGAGAGGAGGGUUUUGGUGGUGCAACAACUUCAUCGUAAACGUGUGAGAGAGGGGUAGGGGGAUGGGGUGCAUGUGCACCACAGAGUCUGUGGACGUCAAAGGACAAGACCUGGGAAGUCUGUCUUUCCUGUCACCAUGUGUGUCCUAUGGCUAAACUCAGGUCACCAAGCCUUAUGGCAAGAGUCAGCCCCACGACUUGUGCUGACUCACACAUAGAGUUGGGCAUGUAGACAACUGUCACUGGGCAGCCUCAGUGAGAAAGACAAGGUGGUUAUUUCUGAGCUCAGAGUAAGCAGCUAGACAGUAUUUCCCUAUGGCCUGCAUGGGUGCUGAGUCUCUACAAGCUAGCUGUGUUCCCGUUCCCCAAGGACGUGCGUCCCUAGCAGUAAGAGAAAGCUGCUUGUCUUCCCUGGUCAGAGUCCAUCCAGAGUGUGGAGAUAAAAGGCAGGAGUUAAGGCAGGGACUCCCUGCCGUAGGCCAGCCCUGACUGGCUGACACCUGGCCUGCUGGCUUGGGGAAGCCUUGCACGGCUCCAGAGACCCAGCUCCUGCCCCACUGGCAGUGCUGCCCCUCAUGAAGACCCAGAGAGGCCCAGGUGUGCACCCGAGUUACCUGACCCAGCUGCAGUGGGAGGCUUCCACCCCUCUCAGCCAAGGCACCCCCGUCAGGGAGCCUACUCUGUGGCUGCACUAUGUGAUAAAUGUAAUAAAUCUUUAUGUCUGCCUUUUGAUAAAUUCAUUAAAACCUUUUUUUUUUAA